AAACUCCCACAAAAGAAGGAAGAAGCACAUGACAUUUGGUUACGUCUCAAAUCUCAAUUCAAUAAUUGGAGACUAAAACGACAACGUCUCAUUCCGCCUUCACCUCCAACAGUCCUACCAAAUCUCCAUCGCCAAAAAUAUCUUCCCUGAAUCCAAGAGCAAAACUCAAAGAUCUGAGCUUUCUCAGCUGAUCCAAUCCCUCAACCCGAACCCGGAAACCCAUUGCGAAACAUCCACCAAUUUCCGAUGGGUUUCAAUGCCAAAACCGCCGACGAAAAUUCUGAGGCCAGCCUCCUGCUCCCCACCGUAACCGCCGCCGCACCUAAUAAAAUCCCAAAGGACUCCUUCCACUUGGCCUAUAUCAUCUACUUCACACUGGGUCUCGGCUACCUCCUCCCAUGGAACGCGUUCAUCACAGCCGUCGAUUACUUCGCCUACCUCUACCCAGAUGCCAGCGUCGACCGUAUAUUCUCCGUCGUGUACAUGGUGGUGGGCCUCUUCUGCCUCCUCCUGAUAAUCUUCUACUCCCACAUGUCCGAAGCCUAUGUCCGGAUCAAUGUGGGCCUGGGCCUCUUCGUCGUUUCGCUGCUAGUCGUUCCCCUCAUGGAUGUGUUUUACAUCAAGGGUCGGGUCGGGUUGUACGACGGGUUUUACGUGACGGUUGCGGCGGUUGCACUUUCCGGCGUGGCGGAUGCAUUGGUCCAAGGCUCGCUCAUUGGGGCGGCUAGUGAGUUGCCCGGAACUUAUAUACAAGCCAUUGUGGCCGGGACUGCUGGUUCAGGCCUUCGUCGUUCUGCUCUAAGGAUCGUAACCAAGGCUGUAUAUCCACAAACUGCCGAUGGCCUGAGGAAAAGUGCUAACCUUUACUUCGCCGUCGGGAUAGUCAUUAUUGUCAUAUGCAUUGUUUUCUACAAUGUGGCACCAAGGAUUCCGGUGAUGAAGUAUUAUGCAGAUUUGAAGGUUCAGGCUGUAAACGAUGAGACAGAAGAGAAGGGUCCGCUGACCGUGACUGUUUUGAGAUCAACUCUGUGGCACGUAGUCGAUAGAGUCAAGUGGUAUGGAAUUAGCAUCCUCCUCAUCUAUAUCGUGACUUUGUCGAUAUUCCCGGGAUACAUUACCGAAGACGUGCAUUCUCAGAUUCUUAAGGAUUGGUACCCAAUCAUCCUUAUCGCCGGCUACAACGUGUUUGAUCUCGUUGGCAAGUCUCUGACUUCUGUGUAUCUCCCCAGAAGUUCCAAGGUUGCAAUCGGCAGUACAGUUGUGCGAUUGCUCUUCUUUCCUCUCUUCUACGGGUGCUUGCACGGCCCCAAAUUCUUCCGAACAGAGAUUCCAGUGACGAUACUAACUUGCCUUUUGGGACUCACUAACGGCUACUUGACCAGUGUGUUGAUGAUUUUGGCUCCCAAAGUUGUCCAAUUACAACAUGCCGAGACUGCCGGGAUCGUGAUCGUGCUGUUCUUGGUUCUGGGGUUGGCUGCUGGCUCAGUUGUAUCUUGGUUCUGGGUCAUCUGAUUGCUCAGCAAAUUGCGUACAUACUAAAAACUCUAAAACCUGCUAUUGCCGAGAUCCCACUGCUGGCUCAGUUGUUUUUCUGUAUAGCUUUGUAAUGCUACUGUUAAUAAUAUUUUCUUAAACAUGGAUUAUGAAAUGUAAAUGGUUGAUUAUCAAUUUGUUCAUCUUUAUGUAAACCUGAAUUUGAAU